UUGGAUCUGUUGCCAAUGGCCGCUCUGUUUCCCGGAAAAGGAAGGCGUUUGGCAGCUGAUCUCUGCUUUGCGCAGCGCAGGGAGCUCUGCGCACUGACCGUUUCUGGAUAGCCACGUGCAGCUGCGUUUCCAGUCGCGCAGAAACACAGCAUCCUUCAGUGUUUUUCGUAACUUUGAUUCACCGGAGUCGCUGCAUCCGAAAGCGACCAGGAUGUCGGCCAGUGCCGUAUAUGUCUUAGACCUGAAAGGCAAGGUGCUUAUCUGCAGGAACUACAGAGGGGAUGUGGACAUGUCUGAGAUUGAGCAGUUCCUGGGGCUCCUGAUGGAUCGGGAGGAGGAGGGGGCCCUGUCCCCUAUCCUGUCCCACGGAUCUGUGCGCUUCAUGUGGAUCAAACACAACAACCUGUACCUUGUGGCAACAUCCAAGAAGAAUGCCUGUGUUUCCCUGGUCUUCUCGUUCCUUUACAAGAUGAUCCAGGUGUUCUCAGAGUACUUCAAAGAGCUGGAGGAGGAGAGCAUCCGGGAUAACUUUGUCAUCAUCUAUGAACUGAUGGACGAGCUGAUGGACUUUGGAUACCCCCAAACUACAGACAGCAAGAUCCUGCAGGAGUACAUCACCCAGGAGGGGCACAAGCUGGAGACGGGCACCGCUCGGCCACCCGCCACUGUCACCAACGCCGUGUCCUGGCGUUCCGAGGGCAUCAAGUACCGGAAGAACGAGGUGUUCCUGGACGUCAUCGAAUCCGUAAACCUUCUGGUGAGCGCUAAUGGGAACGUUCUGCGCAGUGAGAUUGUGGGCUCCAUCAGGAUGCGCGUGUUCCUGUCUGGGAUGCCCGAGCUGCGCCUGGGUCUCAACGACAAGGUUCUGUUUGAGAACACUGGCCGAGGGAAGAGUAAGUCUGUGGAGCUUGAGGAUGUGAAGUUUCACCAGUGUGUGCGCCUAUCACGCUUUGAGAAUGACCGCACCAUCUCCUUCAUCCCGCCUGAUGGCGAGUUUGAGCUCAUGUCCUACCGCCUGAACAUGCAUGUGAAGCCUUUGAUCUGGAUUGAGUCGGUGAUCGAAAAGCAUUCACACAGCAGGAUCGAGAUCAUGAUCAAGGCUAAAAGCCAGUUCAAGCGGAGGUCCACCGCCAACAAUGUGGAGAUCCACAUUCCUGUGCCCACUGACGCGGACUCCCCCAAAUUUAAGACCACAGUGGGCGGGGUCAAGUGGGUCCCCGAGAACAGCGAGAUUGUCUGGUCCAUCAAGUCCUUUCCGGGGGGGAAGGAGUACCUGAUGCGUGCGCAUUUCGGGCUUCCCAGCGUGGAGGCGGAGAAUAAGGAGGGGAAGCCGCCAGUCAGCGUGAAAUUUGAGAUCCCGUACUUCACCACCUCCGGGAUCCAGGUACGCUACCUGAAGAUCAUUGAGAAGAGUGGGUACCAGGCUCUACCGUGGGUUCGUUACAUCACUCAGAACGGAGAUUACCAGUUGAGGACCCAGUAGAGGUGCCAUGGCAGUGAUGGACCAGCAGGAACCCGUUCUGAUGUUUGCUGCACAUUGUGUCACAAACCUCCAGAUUUACUUCCAAAUUGUUGUUUUUGUCAAAGUUUAUGUUCAUGAGAAGAAUCACUGCAUCAUUAACCCAACGUUUAAUGUUAUUAUUUACAUUUCUGCAUAUGAGUAGUGUCACUCAACUGGUACAUUCAAUCGCACACAUUAAAUGAUUAAUUCUAAAUUA